UCAGCGUUCAGUAAACACCAAAGAGACGGCUUCGACGGCUAUCAUUGGCUUGGAAAGGUUAAAAAUGGACCAAAAAGUGAUGCAAGUUCUGUUGCUUUUAUUUCUUUGUCCAAAAAUCAAUUCUGCUGUCCACACUAAAACAGUAGAAGAGGGACAGUCGGAGAGGAUCAAGUGUACGCUUUCUUCGCCGGGGACGAUUGUGUUCUUGUUUAGAGUGGUGGAGGACUCAGGCAUGGAGUUCAUCGGGUCUUACUCCCCUACUGGUGCAGCUAAAGUAACUGGACCCAACAAGAACCUCGUUGUAGAAAAGUUAAGUAAUGACUUUGCUUUAACGGUGAAGAACUUCAACAGGAAAAGUGACAGUGGAAUGUACACCUGUGCUACUCUUGUGAAAGGAAAUGAGCUCUCAUUUGGACAAGUAACUCAACUUCGAGGACCAAUUAUAGCAACGACAAAACCACAAGUAAUCCAGGCUUCCACCGCCAGGCAGAUGGCAACGACUACGACUACAACUACGUCCAGCUGUGUUUGUAACAAUAAAGCUGCAUCAGGUCCUUCCCUGUUUUGUGCUCCGAUCAUACUGGGCCCACUGGCCGGAGGCUGUGGCCUUCUUCUUCUGCUGCUCAUCGUCACCGCUUUAUACUGCAACAAAAUGAGGACCCGGAGAUGCCCUCACCAUUACAAAAGAAAGCCGAGGAUGAUGGCUCCUGAAAAACUGUCCGAUCGGUACGUCUGAAACGGAUGAAGUGACUUUGUGUGCAGUUUUUCAAAGUGCAGCUAUAUUUCCCUCUUUAUGUUUGUCAGAAAGAAAAAAAUUGUUUUUAACAAUAGCUUAAAAAAAUCAAUAAUCUGACAAGUCAGAAUAAAAAAAAUAAAUAAUUCUUGUGUAUGAUAGAAAAUAUUUAGUGACCAAAGCGGUUCCCUGUUUUGAGUACAGAGAGAGCUUUGGUUGAUUAUUAAUUGUGCCAAACUUAUUAUUACAUGAAGUUUUUAACUGAGGUGCAGAUUAACGUCAGAAAACAAUGCGCUGAUGUGUUUGCAUUCAUCAUUAUGUCAUGUUACAGUAAAUUUGCCCGAUCCUAACUGUUGGAUCGGGAUAAGAUUUCUGAAGACGAAAAUGAGAAUAUAUAUUAUUGUUCAUAUUCCAAACUAACCCUUUUGUAACUGUAUAUAAGUAUUUUUUUUGUCUCAUUUUCUUUGCUCACAUUUACAGUACUUCGAUCUGAAUUUCCUCUUCAACGAAGAUCAAACUUUACUGUCACACUUUAGCUUCCUGUUUGUGCUUCAAGCUUCUAUAUAACCACAGUUCGAUUGUUCUGCUGAAAUAUUACAUGCUUCUAGGAUGUGUGCUUUUCUUUCAUUUUCAUACAUUAUUCAGAACAAAUAAAAAGAACAAAAUCUGAAAUUUUAA